GCCGGUGCUGAUGGCGAUUUGGAUUGGAUUGCUAUUCGACAGAAUCACUUGCCAACCGGAAAUAUGUCUAAUGGUUCCACCAGAGUUGAAAAGCUGUUACGAAAACGCGCUUAGACACCCAAUCACAUCAAAGGCGGCCAUAGUUGACUGCCUACAGAGACUUCUCUGGUUCUUCCUGCCCGACCGCAACCAGACAAGACCGGAUGUGACGUCAUUCGUUACGAACAAUGCUCAGCGAUAUCCGAUCCCUCUGACAGGUUUCAGGGUCCGGAAGGAGUACCGUCGACUCACUGAUUAUGAAAGAGUUCGUCUCCAUAAUGCAUUAAACUCUUUAUACAAGAAGGGGGUGAUACGGAAGUAUGGCCAGUUAUACGCAGACGCGUCUGGUUCCACGCACGGUGGGCCGGCUUUCCUCUCAUGGCACCGAGUGUUCUUGGCCAGGUUUGAGGACGAACUCCGAAAAGAGGAAGGAACUAUAGCGUUGCCUUACUGGGACUGUAGCCUCGAUUUUGCGAUGGACAACCCGGUCAACUCUGUCCUUUGGGCCGAUGACCACUUUGGGAAUGCGAAUGGCGACGUUGUUGUGGGUCCAUUUGCAAACUGGAUGACUACCCGCGGUAAACUAACCAGAAACUAUGGCAACCGCGGUGUGUUGAUAGACUACCGGAAAAUGAAAAACAUCAUCAACAGUUGUAACACUAAGGACAUAACGUUCCCUCUGGAGAUCGACGCCAGAAGUGAGUUAGACGGCAUCCUUGAGUACCACAGUAAUGGUGUAAACAACUGGGUGGGAGGGGACAUGACCGACGCUAGUUUUGCCGCUUACGAUCCUGUAUUCUACAUGCAUCUUGCCUUUAUUGACUUUAUAUGGGAGCGUUUCCGUGAAAACCAAGCGAAUACAUGUCAGAUUAACCCAGAAAAUGCCUACGCCAGUCCACCGGGAUACCGUUCGCAACAAGCGGAAGUUCCUAUGUAUGGCUUUAGCGAGUUACGAAACAUUGACGGUCUGAUGUCGUACUGGACUAAGACGUGGUACGCAUAUGAACCCCGUCCCCGAUGCCCGGAUUGCGGAUCCAAGUACCUGUUCUGCAACAUGACGUCACAGAUGUGCAUCAGUCAUUCUCGGCGCACCGAUUUCAACGCCGGUAAACGCGUGGAUCCGUUGGGUGCCAUCGGAGCUGCGUCCAACAGCUUUGAACCUCGGUCCGUCUUUAUUCCAAAAAGAAGCAUUUACCCAUUCACACCCUCGCCAGAGUCCGAUGGUCGGUUACAUAGUACAGCUCUGGAUGACGCAAAAGAAACGAUAGCGCGUUUGCAAACAAAACCGGAAACAACCACGUCGCGUUGGUUGUCGCUAGCACAGUGGGUGAAAAAUUUAGAACCACUUCCUGUCGGAGUCGUGGACAACAGCAUUUUCCCUCGCAGAAUAAGGUCUUAAUCUUAUUUGUGUUGCACUGAGUUAUUUGUUCAUGAAAAUAUUGAAUACUAAUAUGCUAUGAGAAAAUAAACGUAUGUGGACGUAUAUAUCGCCCCAUUGGAGCAAAAAGGUACCAUGUGUCUUCUUAUUUCAAUGUCACAUGGUACCAAUUGGGCAAUAUUUUAAGUACGUGUCUCUAUAACUAAAAUCGUAUUUAUUUAAUCUCACCCGUUUCAAAAACCAUAUCGCAGCCAGAGUACCCUUACGUCGACAAACAGGUUUCGGUUUAACUAACACGAUAAAAAAAAAUAUUCCCAAAAAAAAUUAAGUUAAUGGUCAUCUGCUGUUCUGUCGUUCGCCACUGUCCGACCUUCCAAAUCAGCCUAUGCGUUGACCAAUAAUGUAUCGACUGUUAUUAAUGCGCCAGUACUUAGUGUAUGCAUGUGACAGAACUGCUAUAAAAAGUAUUUAAUAUUGACCAUUUCACGUUUAGGGAAAUUGACAAAAUUGAUAAAAAUAUGUUUCA